AUGUUAGCUAUUGUUGUUGUUGCUGAUAUUACGAUUGAUGAUGAUGGUGGUCAUGAUGAUGAUGGUGGUGAUGAUGAUUUUACUCUGGUAGUGUUCUGGGUCAGGUAUGGUGACAUGGUGCCAAAGACCAUUGCUGGAAAGAUCUUUGGUUCCAUCUGCUCCCUGAGUGGUGUCUUAGUCAUUGCUCUGCCUGUUCCUGUGAUUGUCUCCAACUUCAGUCGAAUCUACCACCAAAAUCAACGAGCUGAUAAACGGAGGGCACAAAAGAAAGCAAGGCUUGCAAGAAUCCGGGCAGCCAAGAGUGGAAGUGCCAAUGCUUAUAUGCAGAGCAAACGAAAUGGAUUACUGAGUAACCAGCUCCAGUCCUCUGGAGAAGAUGAACAGGGCUUUGUUAGCAAAUCUGGCUCUUGCUUUGAAACCCAGCACCACCACCUGCUUCACUGCCUGGAAAAAACUACGAAUCAUGAAUUUGUGGACGAACAAGUUUAUGAAGAGAGCUGCAUGGAAGUCUCAACAGUCAAUCGCCCUUCGAGUCACAGCCCUUCUCUCUCAUCACAACAAGGUGUCACCAGCACUUGCUGCUCAAGACGACACAAAAAAACUUUCCGGAUCCCAAAUGCCAACGUGUCAGGGAGCCGCCAAGGCAGUGUACAAGAACUCAGUACUAUCCAAAUCAGGUGUGUGGAGAGAACACCUUUAUCUAACAGCCGAUCCAGUUUAAAUGCCAAAAUGGAAGAGUGUGUUAAACUAAACUGUGAGCAACCUUACGUGACUACAGCAAUAAUAAGCAUACCGACACCUCCAGUAACGACCCCGGAAGGAGAUGACAGGCCAGAAUCUCCAGAGUACUCAGGAGGAAACAUUGUCAGAGUAUCUGCUUUGUAAAACAGUUGGAAGCAGGACAGAGGGCAGUUGAGUCCUGACUGUGAAAGGGCUCUAAAGAGCAAGAAGGAAGAAACAUCCAGUCUUUUACAUGUCAAACAGCAAAAUGGAACACCGGUUGGUAGCAAAACCGAACAUUGUUUCCAAACUUAAGGAUAUGCAUAAAAGGCCACCAUAUGGCAUUUCUGGGCAUAAGGUUUGACCUAUUCUACAGCGGAAAAAUCUGUGAUCCUUUGACUUUACAAAUGAGCACAAUGAAAUGCCUCCCAUUGAUGCUUCUUAAGAUAAGAACUCUUUUUUUAAAAAAAUAAAAUGAAAUUUAAAAAACAUCUUUGAACACUAUGUUCCAGUUGAAUGAAAAACAAAUAUGGAAAACAUUUUGAUAACAUGUUUUUUCCUGUAAAAACAAACUAACACGAACAUUGGCAAGUGAAGUAUAUCACGUUUAAAAAAAAAAACCUCAUAUGACAGGUUUGUACUGACUGAAAGGAAUACCAUCAUAAUGCAUGCUGAAAUUCUUUGGAGCAGUGAUCUCAGUUUACUUAUGUUGUCUUCAGAUUAGGCAUGAUAAACUUUAACUGUAGAAAGGGGCAUUUCUGGGCACUUACAACAAGCUGAUUGUUCACAUUCCAUGGUAAGCUCUACAAAUAAACUCUUAGCAAUGCAGUCUUUCUGGCUGAGACGCUCAUCUGUGAGCUUAUAGUGUCCAGCUAGCUCAGUAAUGAUUAUCAUUUUACCUUGCUUCCUAGAUACUGUUACAACUGCAAUAAUCCAUUGUACACCUGUUGUAUCAGGAAUCAGGACUUUCUGUUUGUUUGUUUUAAUUUUCCAGAUCCCCUUAAUAGUUAGUGCCACAGUCAGAGACAAAAACUCUGAUGUAGCCCAAGUUUUUUUCAGUAAGUUUUCAAUCCAAACUGUUGUACCAUAGAUGUGUUUUUUUCGAGAUUAGCCUUCUCGUCCACUAGUCCUGUGACACAGUGAGUUGUCAAUUCCUGUAUUUCUAGCUCACCUCUCUAUUGACAUUUUAAAGGUUUCUCAUUAGCAGCUGGGUUAACCUUUUUUGUAGUACCAAUGGCUUUCCUACUUUUAUAUUAACUGACAAGGUCUCUUACUAGUGAAAUAUGAUAAUCAACCCCCCUUAUCAAAACGUAGAAGGGGGCAAAGGAGUUAUUUGACAAAUGAGUACUUAUCUUUAAGCCUCUUUGCUGUUAACAACUAGCCCAGCUAUUGAAUUUAUCAGGAGGUGUUUUGUGCAAACAGUCCCAAUAGGCUGGGACAAGUGCCAGAGCACCAAGUAGUGCAGCCGUACCUACCCAUUUUUCUAUUUCUUUUACUUUGGGUCUGAUUAGAUUACAUUUUCUCAAAUAUAUUUUGAGAGUAACUAACAUGAUUCUAAAUAUGGAGCUCAAGCUAAGAAGCUUUCUGUACCAAUACUUAAAGAAAGAUUGCUUUCUCCCCUAUUUCAGGAAAGCAACGCAAAUCUUUUCUAGAAAGAGAUUCCUGUAAACAGCAGUUUCCUCCCAUGAAGGAGGACAAGGUGUUUGGUGAUGCAAACUUGAUCUCUGUGUACAUUAAGUGGAAACGUGUUUAUAUUUUAAAGAAUAUUGUAUUAGCAGACAUGUCUGCAUGUACCAGUGUGAACAGUUUUAUGUCAAUCAAAAAGCUCUGUCCAUUCCAAGAUUCUACUACAAGGGAUACAGUUUAACUUCUGUGUGUUUGGGGGGUAAAGAUUAUUGUUCCCCUUAAAAAUUUUUUUAAAUGUUUGUCAUAAGAAGAGAAAAUGUCGUCCCCUGUAUGCCAAAUAAUUUGUGACUUUUUUUUGAAAGUAAGAUUGUACUCGCUUUACAUUUUUAUAGUUGCCCCAAGACAAGGUUGUGUACACAGUAGGCACUAGAUAAAUGCUUAUAGAAUGAAAGAAAAUAAGAUAAACUCAAAUUUUCCUUGGGAAGAACUAGCUUUACUCCUAAUCUUUCCUGAACAAAUUACUAAUUUGCCAGCAGCUUGACGAUUAAUCAUUCCUAGAGCCUGCUUCUUAUCACUUUGUGCUUUGAGGUUGAUUGUACAAUGAAACUUCUUUGAUAACAGUUAAUGAAAAUUUUCAUUGUUGUUGUUAAACAUAGACUAAGGAAACUGCAAUGCAGGAAUACUUAGGAUUUUAACUCCUUAAUUAUCAGUCUUAUUUUUAAUGUCCUAAAUGUUGGAGAAAAUAUGGCAAAAAUUUUCCAACUGGUAGUUUGGCACCCUCUUCCCACUCAUCACUUAUGCAAAACUCUUUCAUUUCUUCUGAAAUUAAAAAAAGAAAACUUUUUUGGUGUUUUAGGUGAUUUUCAAAUACUGUGUUGGUAGUGAAUGACUGUUGAUGACUGUGUAAAGUGCAUCUGUACUGUAAAUGAAAUGUAAUUAUUUCUGUGUACCAUAUGGAGCAACCAAGGUUGUUGUUUUUGACAAUUUUGUUUGAAAUUCGAAUAUCUUAUUUUGGAGGAUAGCAUAAUAACUGCGUUGUGCUGAAAAAGAAAUAGACAUUUGAGGAAUAAUAAAAUAAAACAUCUGCAUGCUUGAACGGGA